GGAAAUCCUCAGUUGAUCCUUUUCAAGCCACAAUGGAGAAGCUGUUGUGGCUUGGGUGUUUAUAUUUUUUGUGCAUCUAUGGAAGUCAAGGUAGGGAGGUGGAAAUAGAGAAUGACUUUGUGCUUCUUGCAGGCCCCCUGGUAAAGCAGGAGCUUAAAGCAUCCAGCAGCGAAGAACAUGUUGCCUUUGACUGCAGUUUUCCCCUACCGACGGGCUCCAAAGAUUAUUUUCAGUACCUCCAGACCAAAGGUGUGACCCACUUUAAAGUCCCGUUGUCAUGGACUCAGCUCCUUCCUACAGGGCUCACCAGCAAACCCCAAAAGGAUGUAGUUAGAUGUUACCACACCCUUCUAGAGCAGCUGUUGGAAUUGGGCCUGCAACCGCUUAUUGUCCUUCAUGGAGCAGAAGUUCCAGACACACUUAAGUCCAGAUAUGGGAGCUGGGAGAGUCAUUCACUGUUAGAGAUGUUUCAACAGUAUGCUGAGUUUGCCAUGAAAGAGUUUGGCCCCUGGGCACAGUCAUGGGUGAUAUUUAGUGACCUGGAUGAAGUUUUGCAUGACGGCCAGACAGCAGAUGGUCACAGUCUCCUGCAAAACAUCCUCCAGCUCAACAAGAAGAUUUACAAGUUUUACCAUCAACACUUCCCUGGCAAUGGGAGACGUUUGUCAGUUGGACUAAAAGCAAGAGAUGAAGCUACACUUUCCCUAGUUAAAAGUUUAACAACUGUUGAUUUCUUAUCAGUGGAACUUGAUUACAGCUGUGCUCUAUCUGAAAAGUUUGCUCUUGAGCUAAAGAACUUACAGACUUUGAGUGGACACCUUCCCAUCCUGAUAUACAAACUGCUUGUUCAUGACUGUUCACAUGAUGAACAAAAACCUCUUGGAGAUUUACUUUAUGUCUUAAGCGGUGAUGGUUUAAAUAUCAUUGGAUGUGACAUGAAGGAUGUGCUAAUCAAUCUUGAAAUGGAAAAUGUCCCUGUCAGAUAUGCAGCACCUUUCAAGACCAUUAAGAAGUUAGAUCACAGUUAUGAGAAGACCAUGCAGAAGCCAGAACCACAAACACCUCAAGAGAGAGAGACUUUGCUUACUAAAGCAUUCCCUACAAGCUUCCAAUGGGCCACAUCAUCAGAAUCUUUCAAGGUUGAAGGCGCAUGGGCUGCAGACGGGAAGGGAGAGACAAUCUGGGAUCGUUUUGGUCAUGAAAACCAGGCCUUUAAUAAUCAUACUGUUGACACUGCAUGUGACAGUUACAGAAAGGUUGAUGUAGAUGUCUACCUCCUGCGAGGUCUUGGAGUCAACACCUACCAAUUUUCCAUCUCCUGGGCCCGUGUUUUCCCUUCCGGUUAUAGAGCCAGCAUGUCAAAUGAAGGGGUUCUCUACUAUAACAAUUUGAUCAAUGCUCUUGUGGAGUCUGGCAUUCGGCCUGUUGCCACUCUCUACCAUUGGGAUCUACCUCAAGCUAUGCAAGACGAGGGUGGAUGGACCAAAGAUUCCAUUGUUGAAGCUUUUAAGGACUAUGCUGACUUCUGCUUCAGCCAAUUUGGAGACAGGGUCAAGGACUGGAACACAUUCAGCAGCCCCUGGGUGGUCAGCCAUGCAGGGUAUGGCACUGGUGAGCAUGCUCCUGGAGUUAAAGACUACGUUACUGCCUCUUAUCAGGUUACUCAUAAUAUACUGAAAUCCCAUGCAGAGGCCUGGCAUGUCUACAAUGAUAAAUACAGAGGAACACAGGGAGGGAAAGUGGGCAUUGCAUUAAACUCAGACUGGGCUCAACCAGGUGACCCCAUGAAACCUGAAGAUGUUACAGCUGCAGAGCGCUACCUUGAGUUUAUGCUAGGCUGGUUUGCCCAUCCCAUAUUCAUAGAUGGGGAUUAUUCUCAAGUUCUUAAAACUCAGAUUGAAAAGAAAAGAAGUGAUUGUGCUGGAUCUGUGCCAGCAGUACUUCCAACUUUUACUGCUGAAGAGAAGGCGAGGAUAAAGGGAACCUCUGACUUUUUCGGUUUAAACCACUACACUUCACGUUUGGUUAGCAGCAGCGUAGGUGGAUGCGUCCCUGGUCCUCAGGGAGUUGGAGACUUCCGGGCAUACGUAGACCCCUCAUGGCCCACUACAGCAUCAGACUGGAUCGUCUCAUUGCCAUCAGGAUUACGAUCACUUUUAGCAUACAUUAAAAAUAAAUAUCUGACAACUCAUAAUGUGCCCAUUUACAUAACUGGGAAUGGCAUGCCAACAGAAUACAGUGGAGACCCACUCAAUGACACGAGUAGAAUAGAUUACUUGAGGGGUUACAUCAAUGAAGCCCUAAAAGCAAUUACAGAAGAUGGAGUGGAUGUACAGCGAUUCACAGUGCAAUCGCUCAUGGAUGGAUUUGAGGGAAAACAAGGGUACAGUGAAAGAUUUGGACUUCUCCAUGUUAACUUUGAAGAUAGUUACAGGCCGAGAUCACCAAAACAAUCAGCAUACUUCUAUGCUCAGAUCAUUGAACAAAAUGGUUUUGUUUCACGUAAAAGAGUUAAUGAAGGCUUUGAGGGCUUGAAAAUAUCACAAGCCCCCCGUCUCCCCCCGCUGCCGCCUUCAGAGGUUCCCUCAGCAUCGAAGAUUGUCUGGGAAAAAUUUACACCACAGAAAAAAUUUGAUAGACAAAUGUAUCACUAUGGAAAUUUCUCAGAAGACUUCUUGUGGGGCGUUUCGUCUUCUGCAUACCAAAUUGAGGGUGGAUGGAAUGUUGAUGGUAAAGGCCCUAGUGUGUGGGAUACAUUUACUCAAAGGCCAGGUAGUGGUAUUCCUGAAGAUGGUGUUGGAAAUAUUGCGUGUGACAGCUACAACAGACUUGAUGAAGACCUAUACAUGCUGCGAGCUAUGAAUGUAAAAUCAUACAGAUUUUCUUUGUCAUGGUCCAGAAUCUUUCCCAAUGGUAGGCGUGCAUCCCUGAACCAGAAGGGUGUUGACUAUUAUAACAGACUUAUUGAUGGCCUCUUGGCUCUUAAAAUCACCCCAAUGGUCACAAUUUAUCACUGGGACCUCCCACAAGCUUUACAAGAUGAGGGUGGAUGGGAGAAAGCGGAGAUGAUUGAUAUCUUUAAUGAUUAUUGUGACUUUUGCUUCGCCACCUUUGGUGAUAGAGUGAAAUUCUGGAUGACAAUGAAUGAUCCUCAAGGGAUUGCAUGGCUAGGAUAUGGGACUGGAAAAAUCCCCCCAAACAUUAGGAAGCCAGGAACAGCCCCAUACCAAGUAGCACACAACCUAAUAAAAGCUCAUGCCACAGCAUACCACACAUACGAUGACAAAUACCGUUCUUCACAAAAGGGAGUAGUAUCAAUUGCCCUCAAUGCAGAAUGGGUUGAACCUAAAGAUAUCACUGUCCCUCGUGAAAUUACUGCUGCUGACCGCGCAAUGCAGUUCCAGGUGGGCUGGUUUGCCCACCCAAUUUUCAAAAAUGGUGACUAUCCAGAAGCCAUGAAAGCUCAAGUUUUAGUGAAAAGCGAACUCCAAGGUCUGUCAGAGUCAAGACUUCCUUCUUUCACAGAGGAGGAGAAGAACUUAAUUAAAGGAACUGCAGACAUGUUUUGUGUUAAUCACUACACCACCAGAAUAGUUACCCAUAUUACAGGUGAUAUUACUACAGCGUCCUAUCAAAAUGACUGGGACUAUUCAGAGGAGGAGAUAACUGAUCAACCAACUACACCAAUUGGAUUCACAAGAGCAGUAUCAUUUGGCAUAAGGAGGCUUCUAAACUGGAUUAAGGAAGAAUAUGGAGAUCCAGAUAUUUAUGUCACUGAAAAUUCAGUCUCCACACCAAGGGAAUGGGCUUGGGAUGAGAUUGACCGAGUCUUUUUUCACAAAACCUACAUUGAUGAGGCUCUUAAAGCCUAUGAACUUGAUGGAGUCAAGGUAAAAGGCUAUGCAACCUAUCUCAUGGAUUCAUUUCAGUUUUUUUAUGGCUACAUCUUUGGGUUUGGGCUGCACCAUGUAGACUUUAAUAAUCCAAACCGACCUAGAUCACCGAAAUUUUCAGCACAUGCUUACUACAACAUUAUGAAGAAUAAUGGUUUUCCACGAACUGAAGAUGAAACAAUGCUAUAUGGACAGUUCAAGGAGGGUAUGUUUUGGAGUAGUGCAACAGCAUCAUACCAGAUUGAAGGGGCAUGGAGAGAAGAUGGAAAAGGUCUCAGCAUUUGGGACAAAUUUACACACACUCCUGGAAAAAUAUCACAGCAUGACACUGGAGACUUUGCAUGUAACAGUUACAAUAAGCUGGAUGAUGACAUUGCAGCACUGAAGAAACUCCAGGUGUCUCACUAUCGAUUCUCUAUAUCCUGGCCGAGGGUGCUGCCUGAUGGUACUACCAAAUAUAUCAAUCAGGCUGGCCUUGAUUACUAUAAUAAAGUGGUGGAUGCCCUCAUUGCUGCAAAUAUUCAGCCUCAAGUCACUUUGUACCACUGGGAUCUCCCACAAGCUCUACAGGAUGUUGGAGGCUGGGAAAAUGAGACUAUCAUUGAGAGAUUCAAAGAAUACGCAGAUGUCAUGUUUAAGAAUCUUGGUCCAAAAGUGAAACUUUGGAUCACUUUCAAUGAGCCGUUCAUAAUAACAGUUUUAGGCCAUGUCCAAGGAGCACAUGCCCCAGGUUUUAGUGACCGACCAGAUACUCUGCCAUACAUUGUAAGUCAUAAUAUCAUUAAGUCGCAUGCGGAGGCAUGGCAUGUGUACAAUGACAAAUAUCGAGCCUCACAAAAUGGAAAGGUCGCCAUCACUGUAAACUCAGACUGGGCAGAGCCCAGGAAUCCCUACAAGCAAGAGGACUAUGAGGCUGCACGAAGUGUGGUUGAGUUUUAUCUUGGCUGGUAUGUCCAUCCCAUCUUUAAUGGUGACUACAGCCCGCAUGUGAAGAGAUCUGUCCUAGAACAAAGUCUUGCAGGAGGUUUGACAAAAUCCAGGCUGCCUGAGUUUACUCCUGAGGAAAUUAAAAGAAUUAAUGGCACUUAUGAUUACUUUGGAUUAAACCAUUACUGCAGUGUGUUGGCAUUCCCUGUCGACUUUGGAACAACUCAGCACUAUGAGGCAGACAGGGGUGUGGUUGUUAUUAGUGAUCGUACCUGGAUAGAAUCCGGUUCCAGUUGGCUCAAGAUGACACCAUUUGGCCUCCGCAGAUUGCUUAGAUUUAUUAAGGAGGAGUACAGAAAUCCUCCCAUAGUCAUUACAGAGAAUGGCGUCUCAGAAAAUGGGCCAGUUGAUCUAAAUGACGUUCACAGGAAAUACUAUUAUGAACAGUAUAUCAACCAGGUGCUAAAAGCUUAUUUGCUUGAUGGUGUGAAUAUCAUUGGCUACACUGCUUGGUCACUGCUGGAUAACCUGGAAUGGGCGGUUGGCUAUACAGAGAGAUUUGGACUUUUCUACGUCAAUCGUUCAGACCCUGAUUUUACUCGAACUCCCAAAGCUUCUGUGUCCUAUUACUCUUCGAUCAUCAGAUGCAAUGGAUUUCCUAACCCAGCAGAUGGACCGCAUGAGUGUUGGAACCCUAAUGCUGAGCCAACAACUGGGCCAACGACUGAGCCACCAGUAACAAAAGAGCCCAUCGAUAAUUUGAACUUCCUGGGGUUGAAGCUUUCUGCCAAAGAAGCUGAGACUGGUUUUAAUGUGACAUUUGCUUUGCUCAUCGUGGCAGUGACUGCUGUCAUUUGUUUGUCCAUUGGCAUCUUCUUAGCUUUAAGAAAGUCCAGAAAAUAGGAUUUCUAAUUAUACCUUCAACAUCUUAAAUGCAGAUAUUUGAGCAUCUGAAUAUUUCUCAACUCAAGAUUUACAUUUAAGAAUCUAAAUCCUGCAUUGAAUACCACCUCCACAAACAAGUUAAAAGCUAACUAAUAUGUUAUAGUAAUAUACCUGAAAGAAUAAAUUGUGUUUAUGUAACCAGAAAUGUUUUUAUUUAGUGGGUGGUUUCUUGGUAUGAGGUUCUCCCUUUGAGAGGCUGAAAGAGGAACCUAUUUUUUUUUUUUUUUGCGCUACUGCUUGUAAUGUUUGAAUAUUGUUUGUGCUUCUCUGUUGUACCAUAUGUUCAUAAAAAAAAAACAACCAAAAAACCAAAACAUGUUGACAAUUACAGUUAAAAUCCUGACAUAUUUUCUUAAAGAUCAAAUUGAAUCUUUAAAAAAAAACUGGUUUUACUAAUAAUGAUUACAAAGUGUCAUCUGUGGAAUGAGAUAUCUAAUGGAACAACACUGUAUAUGUUUAAUUUCCUAAAAUUACUUAUUUUUAAUUCUGUAAUUUUUAAGAACCCUUGUUGAAAGUCCUUGAUUGACAUAAAGAGUCAACUGAUAACUGGUCUGUAUUAUUGUCCUUGGAGAGUUGUAUUCAAUAAAGGUUAUUAUAAGUGA